UUUUUUUUUUGAUUUAUAACUGCAAUUAUAACUCUAAUUAAUAACCAGUAAUUAAUCUAUCAAUUGGUUUAGUUAGACACACAAACUAACUGUCCUUUAAUAUAGUUUUUAAUUUGUUUGUUUGUUUGUUUGGUAACUCAUAUUGUUAUAAUACAAUAUACCGUAGAUAUACACUGUAGUAGUUAGUUUAUCUAACUAACUAACUAACUAACUAUCUGUCCAUCGAUUGAUUGAUUGAUAUCCCAGACAAACACACAGUCAAACAAACACAUUGAUGAUCAGCGCCGGCAACAAACAAAAGUCAUCGAUGAUGAUCGUCAUCAUCGGUGGUAAGCAGCCAUCAUCAUCAGUGUUGGUGGUGGUGUCCACUGUAUUGUUGGUAUUGUUGUGCACCAGCAAAGUUGUUGAUGCCGCCGUCGAUAGUACACCCCUAGGAGUCAACUGUCCGGCCGGGGAUAGCGAUCCGGUCAAUAUCUACAACAGGGUUUCCACGUGCUCGAGAAGCAAAUGGGGGGGCAAUGACAGCGGUCACCGAAAGUGCUGCCAGAAUGUCGAUAUGGUUGAGAUGAGGUUUCAAUUGACCCGCAAACUGUGUACCAUUACAUCGGAAACGGAUCUGACCGCAUCGCAAGAAAAAUCAUUGGCUAACAUGAAAAACGAUUGUCCAACUGAUGCCAAAGUUACCUACGAUAAGGCUGCAUGCGAUGCCGAAGUGGUCAAAUUGGAUGGCCCGGACUGUGUUUUUAUUAAUCAGACUGUCGGCGGCGGCGGCGGUGAGAGUACUGGCGUACCUCCAACUGGCGGUGGCGGCAAUGCUGCGACCAACGCCGAUAGUACAACCGCUGCCACUAGUUCUGCUGGUCAAAUGGUUGCAAGCAUCGGCCGUAUCGUUACCGUCGGUAUCGUGAUUGGUGGUGGCCAGUUAUUGUUGUUGUCGCUGAUGAUGAUGAUGAUGGUUACCACACCCAUCCAUGAAGUUUCUAAUUAGUAUUUAUUGUACC